CCAGCACAUUGUUUUUUCAGAAAUGGCCUCCAACCUCAGUCUCUUAUCUGAGGAGCAGUUCCUUUGUCCAAUCUGCCUGGACACGUUCACUCGACCGGUUUCUACUCCAUGUGGACACAACUUCUGCAUAUCCUGCCUCACAUCUUACUGGAACAACGAGCCAGUCUGCCAGUGCCCGGUGUGUAAGGAGAAGUUCGAAAGGAGACCCAAUCUCAAGGUAAACACUUUCAUUUCCGAGCUCGCAUCACAGUUCAUGUUGCUUCAAGUGACAGGUGCUCACACCUGGAGUCCAAAUCAACCGAAGGCCAGCUCUGGCAGUGCGGUGCUGUGCGAUAUUUGUACUGACACCCAGCAAGAGGCCAUCAAAACCUGUGUGGAGUGUCAGACUUCUUACUGCGACGUUCAUCUAAAACCUCAUCACAGAGCUGCCGGACUGAAGAGACACACGCUGGUCAACCCUCUGGCAAACCUGGAGGACAGGAUCUGCAAGGAGCAUAAACGCCUCCUUGUGCUGUUUUGUAAAAAGGACAUAGUUUUGCUGUGUGACGUCUGUGCCAGUUCGCAGCACACAACCCAUGAUGUUCUUCCCGUGCAGCGGGCGUACAAAGAGAUGAAGGGUCUGCUGGGGGAGACAGAGGCAAAAGUGCAGCGGAUGAUCCAGGAAAGGCAACAGAAGCUGCAAUCCAUGACGGAGUCAGUACAACAAAGCAACAAGGAAACUAAAGACGUGAUAGUAAACUGUGUGCAGGACAUAACAACACUUGUGUCUGAGAUUCAGAAGAGCCAGGCGGAGCUUGUGAAAGUGAUCGAGGAAAAGCAAAAAGCAGCAGAGGAACAAGCAGAGGGCUUUAUUAGCAGUAUGCAGCAGGAGCUCACCGAGCUGCAGAAAACAGAGACGAGGCUGAGGGACCUAAAACAGAUUGACGACCAGCUCCAUUUCCUCCAGAACUUCCCAAAGCAGUCCCUCCUACCACACACGAUGGACCUGUCCACAUUCAGCUUUAACAGACAGCUGGAGCUACAGAACAUACAGAAACCUUUGAGCAGCUUCCUCUCUCAGCUGCGAAUGUUGCUGAAUAAAAUGAACACAGAAAUAAAUACGUUCUCUGUGUCAAACAACGUCAUGCUGAGCUACCUUCAGCAGUACGAAGAGAACAUUUUCCUCGAUCCUGAUACGGCUCACCCUCUGCUCAUUUUAUCUGAUGAUGGGAAGCAGGUGAGAUACAGCAUGGGCUCGGGUUUGUGGGGAAUCCAGAACGUGAACCCAAACAUGUUUACUCAACACCUUGCAGUUCUAGGACACAGAGGCUUCUCGUCGCGGAGGUUUUACUUUGAGGUGUUUGUGAAUCAAAAAACAGAGUGGUGUCUGGGUGUGGCCACGGCUUCAAUCCCAAGGAGAGCGGCACCCAUUCGGACUCCUCACUGUGGUCUCUGGGCCAUCUGGUUUCUGGAGGAUAAAUUUGAAACCUACAGUUCUCCAGGUGUGACGGUAUAUUCUGGGAAAGUGGAGCGGGUUGGAGUGUUUGUGGAUUAUGACGGAGGUCAAGUAUCGUUCUAUGAUGUAGAGACUGCCACGCUUAUUUACUCAUUUACAGAGUGUUUCUUCUCUGAGGAGCUUUAUCCAUAUUUAAAUCCUUGUGAUAAUGAAUAUGGUUCAAACUUGGAUCCAAUGGUAAUUGUUCCUGUCAGUCGAACAGAGUGAACGCAGGCCUCAGGGAUUGAUUUUAAAAGCACCUUGUUUUUAUUAUUAUUAUUAAUAAUAAUAAUAAUAAUAAUUUUGUGUUGUUUGAUUGACGGGCUUUGUUUUCUGUAGCUUCUAGCAGCAUGCUGCGUCCAGUGGCUGUAAUUACCACUUGUUGAAGUAGAGGAAUUUUUUGAGUGAUUAUGAUGAAAGAUUUGUGCAGUUUUUUAAUGCAUCUUGGGUUCCUGGAAGUUUUUUUGUGUCGAUAUAAAAGGACACCAUGCAUAUAUGGUAUGGACAGUUAAAAGGACACUAAACAAAUUCAGACUAAAAUCAACCUGGACUCCAGAGGGCUUAAUUGGGAAAAAUAUGCCUUCAUCUAAAGCAAAGACAAGCUAUCAACUACGUUAAAAUAUGUUGAGUUGAUCAAACAAUACUGCUUUAUUAUAAACAGGAAGCAAACAACAAAACUCUUCAAUUUGUUAAACUACAAAAAAAAAAAAAAAUGAAAUAUCAGCUUCAUACUUUACUGGCCACAGAAAUGCUUUUGUCCAGAUAAUGUGAUUUUACAAAGUGCUACUCCAUUCCUCAGACACUGUUUGGAGCUCCUGCACUCAGGCACUUAUACUGAUUAAGUCUCUGAAGGUCCAGGGUUUGGAGUUGGCCCAUGCUGCAGCUUAUUAUGAAUUUUUCCACUGAAGGCAAAUUUUACAAAAGUACAGGAAUAAAUAAUAAAAUUACGGAUGGCUCAAUUCCAUUUAGCUGCUUUGGUUUCAGGGUCCUGGUUUUGUUUGUGCUAGCACACCAGGGCACUUGAAUAAAGCAGAGGCGUAGUUCAUUUUAUUAUUUACAUCUGUGCUUUUACUACUAUGACAAUUCAGCGUCUAUGCCUCUCAAGUAUUUGUUAAGAAUCAUAACUUCUACAGAGACAUACUUUAUAUUAUUGCAAUCUAUUUAAAUACCACCUACUUAUCUUAUCAGUGUCCACAGGAGUAGUAAUAGUUGUUAACAAAUACAUUAAUAAACACUUAUAUCUGCCUACAUCCACAUCCUAAUGAGUUAUAAACUAUUUAUGAAAUGUUUAUGUGUUGAAUAGGGGGACUUAAUUAUAAUAAUAUAAUAUAAUAAUUCUCUUUUAUUUAUAUGAGGUGGUAGUGAAGGAACAACAAUUAGGGGAUACACUUUAAAAUACAGACACUCCUCUGUGCAUCAUUGCAGCUACUGUAGGUUCAAUGUGAAGUCAUAUAGAGGCAAAUAUCUAUCAGCCUUUUUGUUGAUGGUAUAUUCUCAAUUCAUACACUACAAUGUUAUUUAAAUCAUGUCAGUUGUAUCGUGUCCAUGUUCAUUUUGUUUUUAAGAUAAAACACGUUGCACUGUAGCUUUCUGUGUGAUGAUGAUGCUGGCGAUGAUGUAGCUAAAUGAAUAAAUAAAAAUAAGCUGUAUAUGCCCUGUAAUGCUGGUAAAACUUUUAUGUCAGCUUGAUGAAUUUUUAAUUAAGUAAGAAAGCAUUACAUAACUAAACCAGGCAACAUUUUCAAUUUUCAGUGUGUACCUUGACCUUCAUUUCUAUUAUUAGUGAAAGCAGGAUAUCUGAAGGUGACACACUACAGGAAAAAAACAUGUUUUUUUCAUGAACCGGUCAAUUUUGAGAUUUCUAGUGGAAAGAAAAUGUUCAAAAUACACAUUUGUGUGUUUAUUUUACUAUGCAAUUCGUAUCUUUAAGGUUUUGAGUCUUUUGAGUUUUUCGCCUCAGUAGCACUUAAAUUCAUCAGACUCUCCAGUUUUAUUCCUAUCUUUAUUCUGAAGGUUUUUACUGAGGGUUUGUUCAUAUAUCAUUCAUAGCCUGAAUUAUAUAACAUUUCAUACCUAAAAACAUGGCAAAAAUUGAUUGGAGUGAUAAAACAAAAUAUCCAAAAGCCUUUCUGUAAAAACCUGUCAUGCCAUGUCAACAAAAUGAAACAACAAUUUGUCCAGUUCAGUUUUCUGUUCUGCUCAUCAGUGUAUAUAGUUUUUUUUAUUAAUUAGAUAAAUCAUUGUUUUCUUAUAUACAUACAAUUUCAUAAAACUUGCAAUACAAAAAAUUAUUGUCUUAAUGUAACUAAUCAGCUGAGGAAAUUUCAUGGUGACAUCUGUAAGUUAUUUUUUCCCCUUAUUCAUCUGUCAUGUCUUGAGGUUAAAACAAACAUUUCAUUCUUGUUUUUAUUUUCAUUUCUGCUCCACAUCGUCUGAUUUUCAGUAAAUUCCUCUUUUUUCACCAUCUUUAAAUUCCACCUCCUCCUCCCUCAUCCCUCAUCCUGUACAUCUCAUUCAAGCUCUUUAAUUCAUCUCAACACCCGCAACGUUCACACACACACACACACACACACACACACACACACACAACACUCGCUGCUGACACCCUCCUCAUUGCCACGACAACGGUACUCUGCCCAUCGCCAUGGGAACACUCAGUCUCCCUGCUCCCCUAAUCCAUUUUCCAGCCACAAUGAGUAUUUGACACGGUUCACACUCGGAGGCUUGCUGUAUCUGGGUGGGUGUGUGGCGAUGACACACAAACACACACAUUAUAAUAAAUUUGGAAUAUGGGGAAAUUCUGUUUUUCACCAUUUAACCAUUGAUUUUUGACAAUUUUAUGCGACAAAGGAGAAAAUGAACAUCUUGUGCAACAUUUGCUUUAUUGUGGAUAUGAACAGACCUGUUAUAAUUUUUAAAAAGUGCCUUCAGAAGCUUCAGAAGCUGUUUUUGCUGAUAGAUGAGAGGUGUGUUUGUAAUUGUGCCAUAAUUUUUACUUGUCUGUCAACGUGUGUGCGGCUGUAAAAGCAGAGAUAUUUCAGUGCUGGAAAUGAGCCGGAGAAGGAGGAGUUCCUCGCCCCACCCCCCAUCAUCACCCUCAUCAUCAUCAUGGCCUCCAGUCGUCUCAGGGAUGUGGAGAAAGAAAGAAAGAAAGAAAGAAAGAAAGAAAGAAGAGGAAAAUGAAAUUGCAGAGGGGUGCAUGCCGCAGGGAAGAGAAGAGGUGACACUGAGGGCUGAGGCAAGAUGAUGAAAGAAAGAAGAGGCGGCAACAGAGGGGGUUUCAUGAGCGUCUGAGUCAGAAUGUGGGUUAAACUGGAGGAAAAAAAAACACAGAGAGCGGAGGGAAGAGACGGUGUAGGAGGCAGGGACAGAUGGAGGGAGAGAGCAAUGAGAGUGCUGUGUCUGGAGUAUCACCUCCCACCUACCUGAGUUCUGCACCUCGUUUAAGUAACUGUCCUCAGCCACCACCUGCAGACAGGAAGAGAAAGACAUAGCAAGUUAGACAAUAUAUGUUACUGCUGCAAAAGAAACGCACUCAUAUGAACAGAAUACUAUAUAUUGGCGGGGACAGAUGAAUGGUCGUUGUCAUGGUUUAGAUUACCACAGGCUGUGCUUCUACAAAUCUGCAGCUUGUCAGAACUGCAGCUCAGCAGACGGACACCUCGAUCAAACCCUAUUUCACCACACGUCCAGGCACUCAACACAAUCAGAUUCCUGGUCUCAGGAACUUUCCAAAGGGAGACAGGAGGUGUCUCAGUCUUCUGUGAGUCGUCAGAGCCCUCAGCAGAUUAUCACCCAGGUACAUCAGGUUCCCAUGCACCACCGUCAAACAAGAACAAAUUAAGAGGAACUUGCCACAGCUGGACCACCCAACAUCAUGAGGGCAAUAGACUGGACACAUGUACGCAUCAAACUACCUUCCUCUGACACAUCCCCCUCCUCAACUGCAAGCAGCAUCACUACAUCAACAUCCAAAUUAUAUCACACCACCUGCUAAACAUCACUGCUCGACGGCCUGGGGGAGUGGACGUCUCCUGUGUGUUGUAAAAUCAUCUUGGUUUAUUGGUGAUCGAGGUUAUGCUGCACAGGAGCGCUCAUACAGCGAGCGUCGUACACUCAUCCGUGCUGUGGUGGAGCGCACCGUUAGGCUUCCAAAGGCCAGGUGGAUGUGUUGUGACACAGCUGGUAGCAAGUUGCUCUACACCCCAGAGAAGGCACUCCACAGUUCAAUCAGGCGUUCAUACUCCAGGUAGACGACAACCAGGAGGGAGCUGGUGCCAUUUUGCUUCAGGGGGAAGACUGAGUGGGUGCUGCUGCUGUACUGGCCAGGAUACUCCUGCUCUACGAGUUUGACCUCGACCAAUCAGCAUUUGCGCCCUUGCGUGUCAUCAGGGGGAAGGUCAAGAAAUCGCCAUGCUGUCAAGUGCGGUCAAGAGCACACCAAACCAACAGGUUUACUUGUUCAGCUGCUGCAGCCUGGACAGAAACACCAGCGCGCACCUUACAAACCAAACAGAUGUCACCAUUUUGUUCACAAUCGCAGAGAUGUUGUCCACGAUCAGAGAUGUCUUCGUACAAUGAAGUUCUUUGAAACCAGGACUGAGGCCUCCAGGAUUCAAACUUUAACCAUUAUAUCACAGAGAUAAGCGACAGGCGUGAAGACAUUUCCAGAAGGUCCUCAGCUGAUGUCAUCUUCUCUUCCUGCAGAGACAGUAAUACAUGUUAAUCACAGACACGAUCAAUAAAUGUAUUUAUAGUAUUUAUAUUUUUUGACAGUUUUUUUUACACCUUACUCUGACAUGUGGCUUAAGACAAAGAAACUUUCUUAAUGCAGCCAUCUUAUCUUUUUUUUUUUCCAUAGACACACAUAUUCACACCUCUACACAGUGUUUGUGGGUUAGGUUAAAUUUUGUCAUUUCAUUUUAGUAUUUGAUUAUUUCAAACAGUACAGAGUCAGUACUCAAAUCCAAACUAUUACUGUGUACAUAGUCCUGUUUAUAUUGUUUAUAAUUUUUACAUGUUGUUAUGUUACACUUACUCAAAUAAAUACUACUGAAUACUUAAUAUUGCCAGUCUGUUUAAUAUUCAAUAUUAGUAUCUAGAGGUCUGGGUUAGGGUAAGGGCUUCUAGCCAGAGAUUAGAGUUUUUAGCCUCAAUUAUACAAUUUAGCUGCAAGUAGAGAAUAGUUGGCAUUUCUGCAUUACAAAAUACUUUUUGCCUAUGAUAUUUUGUUUCAUAGUUUUAAUGCUGUACUGUACUAUGAAAUUUGUUAUCACAUUUUGUGACUCCUUACCUAUGACAUUUUUUUUUUAUUUUUUUUUAUGCCUUAUUAAGUGGACGACUAACUCACCAGUGCCUUGCUGAGGAAAAACCACCUCUCUUCAGACAUCCUGGUGAGAUUCAACAUCAAGAGCAUCCUAACCAACUGUAUUACAGCCUUGUACAGGAACUGCUUCCGACCCCCUUGAACUGAACUGACUUGUCCAAAUACUGCUGCCCUAUAAUUUCAUUCACAGUGCACAUCCAUAAUCAUUCUGUACAUACUGUGAUUUAUACUGUAUAUACUGUUUUUAGACUGUUAGUUAUUCUCAUAUUGCUCAUACUGCAUAUACUCUGUACAUACUGUUAUGUAUAUUCAUGAUUUAUUUACAUUAUUUAUUAUGCUGUAAUAUCCUACUGCUUGCACUUCUGGUUAGAUGCAAUCUGCAUUUUGUUACUUUGUACCUGUGACAUGCACAAUGACAAUAAAGUUGAAUCUAAUGAC